GGGUUGUGCCGGCCUGGUGGCGUCGCCGCCGCCGUCUGUCACAACUUUGGCCGGCUGGUGGUGCCGGGGUGGGGUGGCGGUUUUGUGGUCGAAGCAGGCGGCCUCUACAAUAGUUGCGCCUCUGCUAUUUUGGCGUUCUACAAGUUGUUAUCCUUUGCGAAGCGCUUUGCUUUGGCACCGCGUCGGGGUGACCGUCAUUGCCUUGUCGAGGAAAGCCAGGGGCCAGUGACGUUUUUCUUUUGGAAGACCCGUUGGCCCUUAGGCUACGGCGCUGUAAAGCACCGGGACCAACCGUGUCGUGCUGUGGCAGAAAUAUAUCCAAGAAGGUCCUGGGGCACGUGUCGACGUGCUAUCGGCAGUAUCACCCGCACCAGGUUACUGCUGAGUGGUGUCUGA